CCCUCCCGCCCCGCCCCGCUUUACGACAGCCGGUGGCGCCGUUGCGGCCGGUCCCCGGGUGCCGUAGGGCGAGCCGGCUCCCUGCGCCAGCUCGGCCCGGUGACCGCCGGCGCGGGGGCGCGGCCAUGGCCAGUACCAUGGUGGCGGUUGGCCUGACCAUAGCGGCAGCUGGAUUCGCAGGUCGCUAUGCACUUAGAGCUAUGAAGCAAAUGGAGCCACAAGUAAAACAGGCGCUUCAGAAUCUACCAAAACCUGCCUUCAGUGGUUAUUACAGAGGUGGAUUUGAACCCAAAAUGACUAAACGAGAAGCAGCCUUAAUACUAGGAGUGAGCCCUACAGCCAACAGAAGUAAAAUUAGAGAAGCUCAUAGACGGAUCAUGCUUCUGAAUCAUCCAGAUAAAGGUGGCUCUCCAUAUGUAGCAGCCAAAAUCAAUGAAGCUAAGGAUUUACUGGAAGAUCAAGCUAAGAAAUGAAUGGGAGAGAAAAUCAGAGGGUUUGUCCAUGCAAACGAUUAUUUUUGAUAAAUGGCUUAAGGAAAGUUCUGGUAUCAGUCUUUGGCUUAAUAUAAAUGAAGCUGGAAAUACAAAUCCAGGGAGGUACUUCCCUCCCCACUCAUUUCUUAGUCACUUUUUGUGGAAAUGUGUGAGGGAGCAAAGCUUAAAAUUUUUUUCCACAGCUGUUCUUCAUUAAGCAGCAAAAUCUGCCACUCAGAAGUAUUUUCCAUGCAAGAGAGUAACUUGGUUUGGCCAAGGUGUUACCAGAUACAGAUAGACUUACAUGCUGUUACCUAUCUUUUGUUUAAACAUAGCUAUGUUUAAAGUUCAUGCUGCUGUUCUUUCAUAUGCCAAAGUUGGCGUGCUGAACCGGUAUGGGGAGGGGGUGGAAAAAAUUAAGAGGAUUUAAUUGAUGAGAAGAAUUGGGACAGAUGUGUAGUUGUCUCUGACUGAAGAAAUAAAAUACAGGAAACAAUGUA